CCACCCCCUUCCCCGCCCCCUGCAGUCAACAUCUGUGCUCGAAAGGUCGGGCGGGCGUCGUUUUCGGCUAUGUGGCCCACCACCAAUGGAUCCCCACGGUCACUGGCAGCAAUUCGCGAUCCGAAAUGCUCCGGCCUAUUUUUAGACGCGGUCUUUGCGGCCUGCCUACUUAACUACCUCCCCAAUGCAUUCUAAUUAAAAACCGGGCACUGCGCUCAUUUCCACACGCAUUGCAUUGCAUAAUGCGGCAUUAAUGUGGCGGGGAAAGCUCGCUUCGGAAAGCACUCGAGCAUUGAAGUGAAGAGCACAUAGACCGAAUGUUUUCCAGCUGCCCAAUUGUAAACAACCCACGCCUAGCACGCACACAUACGCACAAGCACAAGCACACAGACUGGGCCCGAGCACUGGAGGGAAUCUAAUCAUGAGCGAAAAUACAUACCAGAUAGAAACGCGUCGGCGGUCGCGUUCCAAGACCCCCUUCCUGAGAUCGAGCUGCGACCAUGAGAACUGUGAGCACGCCGGAGAGGAGGGGCAUGUGCACCACCUCAAAAGGAAAUCGGCGGCCCCCAAUGUGCAAACGAUAAUAGAGGAGCAUAUAGUGGAGUCGAGUAUCAGUAAGAAAACCCGGGCAAAGGCGUUCGCCCAGCUGACCUCGGACUAUUCGAGCGACGACAUGACUCCGGAGGCCAAACGCAAACAGAACUCGAUCACGAGCACAGUCACGUCGAUUCUCACCAAGCGAUCCGGCGGCGCCACAUCGACGCCGCGAAACAGGAGCCAGCUGGAGACCACACAAAACACGCUGAACUCCGCCCAGGAAAAGCUAAACCAAUCGAACGGAAACCUCAGCUCGGGAAAUGUCAGCGAUUAUCUGGCCUACAUCGAGUACAGAGAUGCUGGCGAGUACUGGAACAAAACUCCCAAGACGGACUAUACCUACUCAGAACUGUCCCCCCACCGACGCCAGUUGGCGCCAGGAAUUGUUGCCAUGCCCAACAUGUCCAGAAAGAGCCUAGAGAACCAUAACGAUCGGGUCAACUACAUGGUCCAGCAGAACCCUGCGCAAGAGGAGUUCAUCCGCCGCCGCUACCAGUCCAAGUAUACCCAGCAGGUCAACUAUGACUCCGCAGAUGAACUGGACGCCACUUUUGGCCAGCAAAAGCAGAGCUGGUGGCUCAUCCGCCUCAUCCAGCUGGUUGUUAGCAGCAUUACCACUGUGUGGAGUCGUGUGACCAAUCUCUCGGCCACGGAGACGACUGCCUAUCAAAACUACUACGCUAAGCGCCAGCAGAGUCAACGAGUUGGACUUUGGGGGAAAAUAGUACAGACCAUCGGAAGAGGACUUGCAAGUUUGCUGCGCUACCUGUAUGUUUUCAUCGGAUCGGUGCUGAGUUUGGACACGUGGUUGCUACGAUCCUCGGAUGCGGAAAACAAGUCGAAAAAGCGCUUCCUCAUAUUUCUGCUGAUUUUGUUGCCCUUGCUGCUGCUGUCGGGAUGGUUGCUCCUGCAGGAGGAUCAACGUAGUGCUUACGUUCAGCAGGCUGAAGCCCUGUUGCCACUGCCACUAGCUGUUUUCGGCUCCCUACAUAGUCGGUUGUCAAAUGCUGGAGCUACCUUGAAAAGUUGGAUGGAAAUGGCCACCGUCAGGAGUUCCCAGCGGGAAGACGAGGCCAUUAAGGUGAACAUGGCCAGCAUUGAACAGAACAUCCAGAAAGCCUUGACUGCCGAGGAAUACGAAAAUAUCUUAAACCAUGUAAACAGUUACGUGCAGCAGUUGGUCGAGCUGAAAAUGCAGCAGCAUUCCAAGGAGCUCGCACCGCAACAGGUUCAACUCAUUGUUCAGCUGAUGAAGGAAAACCUCCAUCAGAUUGUCCACAAAACGGAGCUAAGCGAAAAGGAUUUGUCUGAUCUGGCCAUAAAACUGAAAAUGGAGCUGCAAAGCUCAGGCGGUUGGCAAGAUGGAGCUAAACUAUCACAAGCUAACUUAGAGGAGAUAACCAGGCUAAUUAAAUCAGAGGUUCACCUCCACGAAUCGCACUACACCAUUCAACUGGACAGGAUAGACUUUCCAUCCCUGCUGGAGCGUAUUCUUGCUGCGCGAGCAUUGGCAGACUUUGUAGAUGCUCGAAUUAGUCUUCGGGUGGGAGAGCUCGAUCCAAAGGAGAGUUCCGGUUCCUCAGAUGCAGAAAUCCAAAUUGAGCGUCUAAACAGGGAAAUCGCCUUCAUUAAGUUGGCUCUCUCAGACAAGCAAGCGGAGAACGCCGAUCUGCACCAAUCAAUCAGCAAUCUGAAGCUCGGCCAAGAGGAUUUGCUGGAACGCAUACAGCAGCACGAACUGGCCCAGGAUAGGCGCUUCCACGGGCUGCUGGCUGAAAUAGAAAACAAACUGUCUGCGCUUAACGACUCGCAGUUCGCUCUUCUGAACAAGCAGAUCAAGCUAUCCCUGGUCGAAAUUCUGGGAUUCAAGCAAUCCACCGCUGGCGGUGCCGCUGGCCAAUUGGAUGACUUCGAUCUGCAGACCUGGGUGCGCAGCGUGUUUGUGGCCAAGGACUACCUGGAGCAGCAGCUGCUAGAGCUGAACAAGCGCACCAAUAACAACAUCCGCGACGAGAUUGAGCGUUCGAGCAUCCUGCUGAUGAGCGACAUUAGCCAACGACUCAAACGGGAGAUUCUUCUGGUUGUAGAAGCCAAGCAUAACGAGAGCACCAAAGCGCUGAAGGGCCAUAUCCGCGAGGAGGAGGUGCGCCAGAUAGUCAAGACGGUGCUAGCUAUUUACGAUGCCGACAAGACGGGUCUGGUUGACUUCGCCCUGGAGUCGGCGGGCGGCCAAAUCCUUUCCACGCGUUGCACUGAGAGCUACCAGACAAAGUCGGCCCAAAUAUCGGUGUUUGGAAUUCCACUUUGGUAUCCCACCAACACGCCGCGGGUCGCCAUCUCACCCAAUGUGCAGCCAGGGGAGUGCUGGGCAUUCCAAGGGUUUCCCGGAUUUCUAGUGCUAAAGCUCAACUCGUUGGUGUACGUCACUGGAUUCACCCUAGAGCACAUACCGAAGAGUCUAUCCCCCACAGGAAGAAUAGAAUCAGCUCCUCGAAACUUCACUAUCUGGGGCUUGGAGCAGGAGAAGGACCAGGAACCCGUAUUGUUCGGCGAGUACCAGUUCGAGGACAAUGGUGCUUCCCUCCAGUACUUUGCCGUUCAGAACCUGGACAUCAAACGGCCGUACGAGAUCGUCGAGCUGCGGAUCGAGACGAACCACGGCCAUCCCACCUAUACAUGCCUCUACCGGUUUCGCGUGCACGGCAAGCCGCCGGCCACAUAGAUCUGUUCAAAUCUCUUCUAGUGACCUAAGUACUGCCAGGUGUACAUAAUGUCUGUGCCUUAAAAAGGAAACUCAACAAUAUAUCACUGCGAGAUGUGGAUCAACGGAGCCCAGCCGUUUUCAACAAUGCGAACUGUGUAAAAAGUAAGGCUAUAUAGACUGUAAGUGUUUUGUAUCAUAUCACAUUAAGGUUAACUUGUACAUAGCAUCUUAUUUAAGUCAGGACUCGAGUCCCUAAGUACUAUAAUAUUUAUUAGUAUUUAGUUAUUUUCCUGAAAUCAAUCAUCGUUCCUUCAAGUCGACUCUACUUACGCAAGCAAUUCAACCCAUUGACAGAGCACUCAACCCAAUUUAUAAACAAAUUUCAAAUUCCAAUUUCACUUUGUCAUUGUUUUUGUCAUUGCCUUUGCCAGCAUUUAGCUACCUGAUAAGGGAAUUAACCAAACUUAAAGUAAACGCAGCUUCCGCUUGGAAAACAAGCCAUGAUCAACUAUUGCGCUUCAAUCAAACUGCAUCAGUCAGCAAAUCUCAAUUCCAUAAUGCAGUGAAAACCUUCAGCAUAAAGCUUUUAUGCUAAGCAUAAUUAAAAAUUCAAUUGGCGCCAAAUAAAAUUGGUAUUGUUUAAUUAUUUAAAAAAAUUUAUUUUAAUAUAAUUUUAUAUUUUUUGAUUAUAAACUUUUUCACAUACAGAGGUGGCCAAAAGUAUUUACACAACGAGCACUAUCUGUACACUAUUACACUACACUGGUUUUUGCUUAUCCUUAAUUGGAAACCGUUCAGACUGAUCUUAUAAUUCUUAAUCCUAAUCCAAUCAACCUUGGCCAGACGUUUUUCAUUAGAAACUUCUUGAACUUUCAAUUAUGUUUAGAAUAAAAGCUUUAUGCUGAAAUUAUUUUACUACAUUGUGGAAUUGAGAUUUGCUGACUGAUGCAGUUUGUUUGGAGCGCAAUAAGUUGACCAUUGCUUGUUUUCCAAGCGGAAGCUGGGCUUACUUUAAGUUUGGUUAUCUCUCUAAUCGGGUAGCUAAGUGCUGGCAAAGGCAAUGACAAAAAAUUGGAAUUUGAAAUUUGUUUAUAAACUGGGGUUGAGUGCUAUGUUUACGGGUUGGAUAACUUGCACAUAUUUUUUACCAUGUUUGCCAUUUAAAAGCGUUUGAAGUUAAUAGUCAUAGUUUGUCUAAGCCACACACUUGCUGAAUAUGUAUACUUUAAGCUAUAUCUAAGCUAAAAUGUUUUAUCAUGAAAACUUGCAAAAUCCCUAUAAAUGCCAUAGCAAUUUGAAUUCAUACCUCUAAAAUAGUGACAAAUAAAAUUGAAACUCACUGAAUAA